CCUGAUCCUGAUCGAACGGGGGUAUAUUAUUGACUUCGGUGAAUAGUGAUGUCACCGUCCGCGCUCGUAGGCUGCGAGUUUAGACGUGCACCUAUGUGUCACGCAUGCGCAUUAGUGUGAUAGUCCCACUCCUUCCCUCGCCCCGUACCGUACUAUGAAAUUCUUAUUCAUUCCGUGUCUGAUAAGAGUUAAGGAAGUUCCUCUAAGAAAGUGGAAAAAUAAGCUGGAAAUACAGUCGGCAAUAAAUUUAUUAGAAUGCAGUCUUUACAAGGUCGUGUGAUGACACUUCAAGAUAUUGGUUCAGUAAAAAUAAAUAAUAGAGAUGAUUUAUAUGAUUUGCUGGAGGUGAUGAAUGAAAAUUUUCAAGAGUGCACAAUUCAUCUAUUACUAUCAAAUGGAGCAGAUGUUGAUGAUGAACUUAAUAGUAUCCUCGAUGAAGGUAUUAUAAACACCUGUACACUUUUAUGUGCUGAAAACAUGCUACCUGAGUUUGGGGCUAAUGCUAAUGACUGUGUAGGAUUUUUAGACAAGAUAAUGCCUGUAGCGAAGCUUUUGAUACAGUAUAUUCUCAUCAAAAGAAUAUCAAAUGCUGAACCAGAACCUAACUUGGCUGAUUUUAGUACCUAUUCUUCUUUGUUGAGUUUGAAACUUUAUCACAAUUUUCCAUUUUAUGACGAGUUGGUUGCAUACAAACAGGGUUGCUUAAAAGAAUUAAAUGCAAUGAAGGGAGAAGGGAUAAGUGAAAAUUAUACUCUGUUUUCGUACAUAAAUGAGCAAUGCUGUACUGCAAAAGUAAAUGAAGAUGAUUUAAAGACAUUUCUUACUAAAAAAGUUUUAUCAAAAUUUAAUCAAUACCCUUAUUGUAAAGAUCUUAUCAUUGCUUCUUUAAAAAAAAGUUGUAUAUUAGAGGAAUUAUGUAAUGAGAAAAUUUACACUUGGCAGCAGAUAUCUGAUUGUUCUUUAGAAAAAUAUAAAGUGAAUUUAAACAGUGAUACAAUUCAAGCAUUGGCAAUAUAUUUAUCUGAAAGUGAUAUGAUAAAUCUCACUCUAGCCUACAGAGAAUGUUAUGAAGUUUCUUUGGAAUCAACAGAAGUUCUUAAUGGCAUGUAGAAGGUUCCUGGAGAGCCGAACGGAGAACUCCCCCUGGCAUCUAGCCAAUAAAGGUUCCAUCAAUUUACAAAAUUAAACGUCAAUAAAACUUCGAGCAUUUAAAAGAUAUGUAAGAACUUUCUGUCUUUGCAUAGGUUUAAUUGUUUAUGUUUUAAGUCUUUAUUUUUUUCCAACCUCUCUGUAAACUGUUUAGGGAUGAUUACUGUGGGUGUACUAUCAAGUAUUUGGAAACUAUUGACUUUGUCGUAGUGUUUUUUACCGAAAAUUGCAUUUUCGUGAGAAUGUAACCAAUAAAUUUUGCUUCGAUUUUUAAAUCAA